AUGUACAGAGACGGUACUCCGUAUCUAAAAUACCAUGACAUUCACCCCCGAGCUCGGGAUACCUUUGACUCGGAUAUCAGAACGCCAUUGCCGUCUUCGUCCUCACGACCGCAGGGAGCGAAACGCAACGGUCACGGCAACGGCAACUGCAAGUCGCAGUCCACUCAAGGCACACCAUCAUGUCUUGCCCUGCGAUGCAGCGAUGCACCCGUGUCUCUGCCGUAUCCGUACCUUGCUUGCGAUUUACCCUGCCUUGCCUGUCCUGCCCUACUCUGGAGUCUGCUCCCCCUGCGUGCGGCCCCAACAGUGGACAGCGCGGGAGAGGCCAUCUCGUCAUCUGUUGGUCAAGGCCCUAGCCAGCGACAAGUGGAUGACACCCGCCGCCGGACCACCACUGACCACUGA